AUGUCAGCAAUUCGUUCACAACAACCUUUACAACCGUUAAAUAAUGGUCAAUUGAAUGCAAGAGGUACAAAUAUAACUCCAAUUAAGUCAGUUAGACGUCAUAAAGAAAUACCAAUACCAUCAGCGGAUCAAAACAAACAACAGAAAAAGAAAAAAGAAAAAUUAUCAGCAUUAUGUAAAACACCUCCCUCAAUUGUUAGAACAAGAAAUGGUAGAGAUUAUAGAAGAGGUAAUUUUUUAGGUGAAGGAGGUUUUGCUCGUUGUUUUCAAAUGAAAGAUUCUUCAGGUCAAAUAUAUGCUGCUAAAACAGUUGCAAAAGCAUCAAUAAAAAAUGAAAAAACUAAAACAAAAUUAUUAUCAGAAAUAAAAAUUCAUAAAUCUUUAAAACAUCCAAAUAUUGUUAAUUUUGUUGAUUGUUUUGAAGAUGAUAUCAAUGUUUAUAUAUUAUUAGAAAUUUGUCCAAAUCAAUCACUUAUGGAAUUAUUGAAAAAUAGAAAAAGAGUUUCUGAACCAGAAGUACGGUAUUUUAUGGUUCAAGUUGUUGGUGCAAUAAAAUAUUUACAUUCAAGAAAUGUUAUUCAUAGAGAUUUAAAAUUAGGUAAUAUAUUUUUUGAUCCAGAAAUGAAUUUAAAAAUUGGUGAUUUUGGAUUAGCUUCAGUUUUACCAUCUAAUGAACAUAAGAAAUAUACAAUCUGUGGUACUCCAAACUAUAUAGCACCUGAAGUUUUAGGUGGUAAAAAUACUGGUCAUAGUUUUGAAGUUGAUAUUUGGGCUAUUGGUAUUAUGAUGUAUGCUUUAUUAAUUGGUAAACCACCUUUCCAAGCAAAAGAUGUUAAUGUCAUAUAUGAGAGAAUUAAAAAAACAGAAUAUUGUUUCCCAGAAGAAAAACCAAUAUCUGAUUCAGCAAAACAAUUAAUUAAAGAUUUAUUAAGUUUAAAUCCUUUAAAUAGACCAACUAUUGAUGAAGUAUUAGCAUAUGAAUGGUUUAAAGGUCCAUUCCCAGAUAAAACCAGAGAAGUUAGCUUAAAUGAAACUCCACAAGGUCUUGAUCAAAUAUCAAGAAUUCAAUCAAAAGCAAAUUUCAAAAAUGCAAAAGAUAUGGCUGGUAUCUAUACUCCAAAAACUAAAAACCCAGUUGAAAUAUUGAGAUCAGAUUUACAAUCAGAACAACCAAAAACCUUAUUACCUCAAUCUUUAUCACCAAAUGACACCAAGAAUAAAUAUCAAGAAGUUGAUCCAGAUCAAUUAGGUAGACCAAGAAGAGUUAAUUUCAAUUCACAUUUCUCAACAACAAUCAAAAAUCUUAAUAAAAUUUGUUUUGAAACUUAUCAAAAUAUAAGAAGAUUAGAACAUUCAAAACAUGAAAACAUAGAUACUAUGGAAUUACCAGACUGUGAAAAUCCAACGUUAAUAAGUAAAUGGGUCGAUUAUUCAAAUAAAUAUGGUUUUUCAUAUCAAUUAAAUAAUGAUGAUAUUGGAGUUUUAUUUAAUGAUGAUAAUACUAUUUUGACAUUACAUAAUUCAACAAAAUUCUUAGAAUUAAUUUAUCAUGAUGGUGAAGGUUGGACAUGUAUUGAAAAUUCAUUAAAUCAUCCACCAGCUCAAGCAAAAAGACAAUUAGAAGUUGUUGAUUUUUUUGCAAGAUAUAUGAAUAGUAAUUUAUCAAAAGUUAGUGAAAAUGAAGAAAGAAAAGAAAUUGUAUUUUUAAGAAGAUAUAGUAGAACACCAGAUUAUAUAAUGUUUGAAAUGACAAAUGGAAAUUUUCAAUUUAAUUUCAAAGAUCAUCAUAAAAUUUGCAUUUCAAAAUCUGGUUUAGCAAUAACUCAUAUUUCACCAAAUCGUUUAACUCAAACUCAUCCAUUAAUCAUGGUAUUACAAGAUGGUAAUUUCCCAGCUGAACAUGUACCAGAUUGUUUAAAAAAAAUUGCCACAAUUAAAGAAGCUAUUAAAAAGAGAGCUUUUAAUGAAGAUUAA